AUGUCUUUCGCUCGGGAGCAGCAACUUACUCUGGCGUGGGAGAACCCGUCCGACUUCCAUCUCGCGCUAGUGGAUUACUUCCCACAGGAUCUGUCGUAUCUGAUCGACGGACCAUAUUUCUCUGAUUGCCUCCACCACAACGAUAAACACGAGCUCAAAAAGGACAAAACACUGAAAGAUCGGUUGUACGACCAUUCGUCGUACAUGCUGGUUCUCCCUCCAUCAUCAUCGCCGUCUACACCUUCGUCCUUCCUGUUGUCAAAGUCCGAUUCUUCCUCAUCGAAGCGUCCCUUGAGUGAAGAUGAACCCAUUGGGAAUGCAAUCACGCAUUCACCUAACAGUACCCACUGCGAUGGUCAUCUCGAUCCUCAGGGAUCCGAGUCCCUUCUGAUCCACCCCGGUCAACCAAGCACCUCCGGACUUGCAGCGGAAGAUCCCAGUCCCUCUCGAGGUGCACCCUGA